CGGGUUUUAAAGAAGCCGCCAUCCUAGCGGAAACGUUGUAUACGUCUUCUUCUCAAUCUUCUUCUGUUUCUGUGUUCAUCCACUUUAUCCAGAGAUAAUUUUCAUGGAAUGAUAUAAUGCCAGUGUACAUGAGCAAGUUCUUGUCAGCAGCAGUGUUGUCGAGACAGAACUGUACUGCAACCUCUGUAUUUUUAAGCAGAUGGAAGCAUGCCCAUUGCUUGUUCUCUACUGGGUCGAAUUACGCGGACCUUCCAAUGAAGCGUAAGAAGUCUGAGCGCAAGCCAUGGGUCACGAGCAUCAGUGAGCUCAAACGCAGAGCUAGGCAGGAGAGAAAAGAGAAGCAGAUGGUGCAUGAGAAGAUUCUACGACCUCCUGAAAAUGGAUUGUUGGUCAAGGAAUUAAUUCCAGUAGCUCAUGAAGUGUAUGCUGCCAGGUCUGAACUACUCGCUUGUGUUUCAAGAGUUGUCAGGAGAAUUGCAGUAUAUGUAUGCAGCAUCUGCAGUGAAGUUCAUAUUGGUUAUCCACCACAUAAGAUCCAGACGUGCAAUGUUGCUGGCAGCCUGACAAGCAAAGAGCACAGUUGGAAAAAAGGAGAUUUGGAACAUGUUUUGCCUGUUGUGGAAUCUUUUCAUCUAUAUGACCGGUUAGGAAGAGCUGUUUCUCACAAUGAACGACUCCAUGUAGAUCGAGUACCUGCAAUUGUAGAGUUGUGUGUUCAAGCAGGUUUUGACAUCCCUGAAUACCCAACUAGGAGAAGGGCAUUCCCUGCUUAUUGUAUUGCUGGUCGGAUUAUAGAUUUUGAGCGAAGGUUUCCAAAAAUAGAUGCACCUGACAAAGACAUAAGUACAUUUGGAUUUUGGCAUAAGCAAGAGAAGUCAAGUGAAAAUUUUAGUUCUAACGAUUCUCAUAAUGAUGAUAUAGAAGAAACUGCUGCUCGAGGAAUGGAUGCAUGGGAGAGGUUAAGGUCAGGAGCUUCCAAACUUAUGCAGAAAUAUGCUGUUCAGACUUGUGGAUACUGCCCAGAUGUACAAGUGGGGCCUAAGGGACACAGAGUCAGGAAUUGCCAAGCUUACAAGCACCAGAUGAGGGAUGGGCAACAUGCAUGGCAGGAGGCAACAGUUGAUGAUUUGAUUCCUCCUGUAUAUGUGUGGCAUGUUCAAGACCUUGACAGUGACAGGCCGUUGUUAAAUGAUUUAAAGAUGUACUAUGGGAUGUUGCCUGCAGUUGUGGAACUGUUUGCUCAGGCAGGGGCUCAUGUCAGUGAUGAUUAUGCUGGGGUGAUAAGGGAAGAUGUUACAGUGCCUAGACUGGAUGAAGAAAUGUUUGUUGUCUGAAGAAGUUAUUAUACCUCUGAUUAUUGAAGUGGCCUUGAGAUUAUUCCUGGGAUUUGGUACAUGGUAAUGGAGGAUGCGUCUUAAGCUCAAACGCUAACGAUGAAGCUCUUGCAGGUUUUCUUGAGUUGGUCAAGGGUGACGAGUCAUGAUCACUCAUCUCUUUACAGUUCGCAAGUAUCUAGCAGGAAAGUGUAGGUUUGGAACAUGGACAGCAAAAUUAGGCAUAUAAUUAACCUGUUAUUAGAGCUUCUCGUCACUUAAGGAUGUCAAAAACUAACGCUGGUCACAAGGUUAAUGGCCAUGGGUCUUCUGGUUCAUCAUCCCAAACAUGUUCAGCAAUCUGUACUCGCUAAACUGAGAAGUCUAAGCGACUUCCAGUUCUUUUCUCGGAGUUUAGUGGUAUUGUCUCCUUAUAUUGAAAAGGAAUUCCCAAUCCAAGGGUGUGAGGAGAUUGCAGGCAUCUCAUAUGGGAGCUAUCAAAGUUUAAUCCAUUUAUUGUUGAGUGGAUAAGGUACAAAGUCUCCAUGAGGUGGUCUUAUUUUCUUUUAUGCAGAGGAAAAAGAACAAAAAAAAAAAAGGAGGAAGCUUCCUCUCUUCUCUGUCUUGUUGUUAGCCCUGAUGCUCAGUCUUGUUACCUUAGAUAUUUUUUAAAUUAGUUUUGAUGAAGAAAAAUCUGGAUAUGUCUGUAAUAAAUUUAAAUUUUGUAUGAAAUACAUC